AUGUGGAUCCUCGAGACAGAGGGAGCCUUUCUGCAAGGCAAGCGCGUAUGGCUGCGGCCCGGGAAGAGAUACCUCUUUGGUCGUUACAAGACGGAGGGUGUCCGAGAAGCAAUUCCAGCGCAAUCCAUAUCCCGAAAACACUUGGUGGUUGAAGUUUUACCGGUUAAACCCGGUGAUGGGUCGAAAACUAGGGAAAAAUCAGAGAUAGUCGUUAGCGAUCAGGGUUCGAAAUUCGGUACCAUAGUUGAUGGAGAACAAAUUAAAGGGGAUAGUAAAAGCUUGACCGGUGACGAACAUACAAUUUACGUGGGAAAAUAUCAGUAUGCCUUGCGGAUACAAUGGCAACCCGCGGUAUUAAGUUUCUCUUUCUCUUCCAAAGAGAUCAAUAAAAAUACACUAGCCCGCUUCCGCUCUCGACUCGAAAGCCUGGAUAUCAAGACCAUCGAAGACUACCUCGUCAACGUUACAACACACGUCGUCCAAACUAAGCGGAAUACUGCCAAGGGGCUACAGGCGCUUGUUAAUGGCAAAUACAUUGUGGACUACUCCUUCAUCGAUGCCCUGGACUAUGCAGCAACUCCGAGCGAUUUGGAGAAUCUAGAGAGUCUGUCUCCAUUAGAGGAUGAUUUCGACGCCGCCUGGCCUGAUGCGCGAGAGCACCUCCCACCUCCCGGGAAGGAAUCCUUCAAUGGACCUGACGAAUCAUUUGCACCGAACCCGGAUCGCCUCCAUCUCUUCGAUGAUUUUACUUUUAUUUUCUGUGAUAAGUCGCAGCAUCAAAUAUUGGAAGAACCGAUCACCAAUGGGCAUGGGAAAGCUUUGUAUUUCGAGGUGAAAGAAGGUUCCACUACUGCAGAGAUGAUUGUACAAUUCAUGAAGAACGCCGCUGGUCAAAAGGGCGUUGGGUUUGAAAGAGUUGAGGAUGGAGGAGUGGUGUUGGUACGAUUCCGGUCAAAAACUGGGAAAGAAGACUGGGUCCUACAGCUCCUCGAUGAGGUAGCACUCGCAACUGACCAGCGCGUCAUUCAACAAAACGAAUUCCUCAAUGCAAUUCUAGAGAAUGACGUCUCGAUACUGUGUCGGCGCCUACCUCAAGAGUUGGUGCCAGAUCCUACACCACCAGAGCUUACACUACCUCCUACAUCAGUGCGGCCUUCCAGCGAAGAUGUCCAAGUCGUUGCUGAUUCUCAUCCGUCUGAAGACGUGAGUCAGCCUCCCAAGAAGGCUAAGGGUUCUCGGGUGCGCAAAUAUGUCAGCAAAAUGAAAACGUUCGAUGACGGAUUCGAUAUCAACUCCAUACCAGCAUAUGCUCCAGACGUAGAGGAGUCUAUCGAGGAUGUACCACCGAUGUCGAUAGACGCCCCCUCCGAAAACCAGUCUCAACACCUAGACAGUAUCCAGGAAGAAGAGGACGUGGUCUCAAGCUUGCUACCAGGAGCUAACGCGAUGAAACGCCGGCGGGCUGAGACUUCUCAGCGGAGGUUGGAAGAUUCCAACACCCGGCCUAAACAGGAGGAGGUGCCCCGGCCCAAGCGCCAAAAACUUGACGUAUUAGAAGCAGCCCGUCAGCACCGAGAGGCGGAAGAGGAUGCCGCCCAUCAGCGACGGCAACAAGAGGACGAACUGUUACAAACGUCUCUCAGAGAUGUGGAUGUUGAGAAACUCAAGGGGCUCGCCAUUGUCGAAGAAAUGGAACUUCCGGUCAAGCCGGCCGACGGCAGCAACUGCCGGUGGGAUGAACGGUGGAAUGGCAGGAAAAACUUCAAGAAGUUCCGUCGGAAAGGUGAGUCUAGUCAACAACGACGUCGGAUCCAAACAGUCAUGGUUCCGUUGGAAGAGGUGGCGCGGAAGGACUUUGGCAUCGGAGAUCACUACUGGGUUAGCACCAGUAAAUCUACUGACCCGACCCCGCAAGAAAGCCACCGAGACCGUACUCUCAGUCAGGUGGAAAGCGAACCUUCACAAUCCCGGUCAGUGGCACGAAGUGAAUCCGAGAAGACGGCAACGCAAAGAAGUCAAAAGCGGGCACGUGAAGAGCGAGAUUCAGAUAGUGAUGAUGAGCUUCGAUUCCGGUUUCGUCGCAGGCGAUGA